CCGCUCCUGCCCUGUGCCUCCCCGAACUCCUUGUGCCCCUCCUCUUCCCUCUCGCCCCUUCCCCCCUCACGUUCGGUUUCAAAAGACGCAUUGCCCAAUGAAUAACAGGGUCGACGCAGAGUGGCGGCCGCGUCCACCAAUUCGCGGAUGGCGAGGGCGGAGCUCCCGCAACGAGCCUCUGACGCCGGGCGGCGUGUGACGCAGUCGGGCCCUCUGCGCGCUGCGCCCGAAUCGGCGGUCGGUAGCGGUGGUGAUAGCGUCGGCGGCGACGGUUUCGUGGGGGCCGCGCGCCGCUCUGUGAGCGGCGGGUGGCAGACGGGCCUGGGCCCGGGCUCCUGACACUUCCCCUUCCCCACCGAACCGCGUCUCACUGUGUCGCCCAGACUGGAGUGCAGUGGCAUGAUCUCAACUAACUGCAACCUCUGCUUCCUGAGUUCAAGUGAUUCUCCUGCCUCAGCCACCUGAGUAGCUGGGAUCACAGGCGUUCUUGGAACAGUUUGGUCCAGUUCCUUAAAUGGCCACGUGCAUAGUUUGGAUACAGGAGUGAAAUAAUUUAUAUGAGCUUUCUGAAACAAAGACUCAUUUUGAAGAUGUUUAACAAAUCAUUUGGAACACCCUUUGGGGGUGGCACAGGUGGCUUUGGCACAACUUCAACAUUUGGACAGAACACUGGCUUUGGCACUACUAGUGGAGGGGCAUUUGGAACAUCUGCAUUUGGUUCUAGCAACAAUACUGGAGGCCUGUUUGGAAAUUCACAGGCUAAACCAGGAGGAUUAUUUGGAACCAGUUCAUUUAGCCAGCCAGCUACCUCCACUAGCACUGGCUUUGGGUUUGGUACAUCAACAGGAGCAGCAAAUACCUUGUUUGGAACUGCAAGCACAGGGACCAGUCUUUUCUCAUCCCAAAACAAUGCCUUUGCACAAAAUAAACCAACUGGCUUUGGCAAUUUUGGAACCAGUACUAGCAGUGGAGGACUCUUUGGAACCACAAAUACCACCUCUAAUCCUUUUGGCAGCACAUCUGGCUCCCUCUUUGGGCCAAGUAGUUUUACAGCUGCUCCUACUGGGACUACUAUUAAAUUUAACCCUCCAACUGGUACAGAUACUAUGGUCAAAGCUGGAGUUAGCACUAACAUAAGUACCAAGCACCAGUGUAUUACUGCUAUGAAGGAAUAUGAAAGCAAGUCACUAGAGGAACUUCGUUUAGAGGAUUAUCAGGCUAACAGGAAAGGCCCACAGAACCAGGUGGGAGCAGGUACCACAACUGGCUUGUUUGGAUCUUCUCCAGCCACUUCCAGUGCAACAGGACUCUUCAGCUCCUCCACCACUAAUUCAGGCUUUGCAUAUGGUCAGAACAAAACUGCCUUUGGAACUAGUACAACUGGAUUUGGAACAAAUCCAGGUGGUCUCUUUGGCCAACAGAAUCAGCAGACUACCAGCCUCUUCAGCAAACCAUUUGGCCAGGCCACAACCACCCAGAACACUGGCUUUUCCUUUGGUAACACCAGCACCAUAGGACAGCCAAGCACCAACACCAUGGGUUUAUUUGGAGUAACCCAAGCCUCACAGCCUGGGGGUCUUUUUGGGACAGCUACAAACACCAGCACUGGGACAGCAUUUGGAACAGGAACAGGUCUCUUUGGGCAGACCAAUACUGGAUUUGGUGCUGUUGGUUCGACCCUGUUUGGCAAUAACAAGCUUACUACAUUUGGAAGCAGCACAACCAGUGCACCUUCAUUUGGUACAACCAGUGGCGGGCUCUUUGGUAACAAACCAACCCUGACUUUAGGAACCAAUACAAACACUUCUAAUUUUGGUUUUGGCACAAAUACCAGUGGGAAUAGUAUUUUUGGAAGUAAACCAGCACCUGGGACUCUUGGAACUGGGCUUGGUGCAGGAUUUGGGACAGCUCUUGGUGCUGGACAGGCAUCUUUGUUUGGGAACAACCAACCUAAGAUUGGAGGGCCUCUUGGUACAGGAGCCUUUGGGGCCCCUGGAUUUAAUACUACGACAGCCACUUUGGGCUUUGGAGCCCCCCAGGCCCCAGUAGCUUUGACAGAUCCAAAUGCUUCUGCUGCCCAGCAGGCUGUUCUCCAGCAGCACAUCAAUAGUCUAACAUACUCACCUUUUGGAGACUCUCCUCUCUUCCGGAAUCCCAUGUCAGACCCUAAGAAGAAGGAAGAGAGAUUGAAACCAACAAAUCCAGCAGCCCAGAAGGCUCUUACUACACCUACUCAUUAUAAACUGACACCCCGCCCUGCCACUAGAGUCCGGCCAAAGGCUUUACAAACAACAGGCACAGCCAAGUCACAUCUCUUUGAUGGGCUGGAUGACGAUGAACCAUCCCUAGCCAAUGGAGCAUUCAUGCCCAAGAAGAGCAUUAAGAAGUUGGUUUUGAAGAACCUUAAUAAUAGCAAUCUCUUUUCUCCUGUUAAUCGUGAUUCAGAAAAUCUAGCUUCACCAUCUGAAUAUCCAGAAAAUGGCGAGAGGUUUAGUUUCCUAAGCAAACCUGUUGAUGAGAAUCACCAGCAGGAUGGAGAUGAAGAUUCCCUUGUGUCACGUUUUUAUACUAACCCUAUUGCCAAACCUAUUCCUCAAACCCCAGAAAGUGCUGGAAAUAAACACAACAACAGCAACAGUGUGGAUGAUACCAUUGUUGCAUUAAACAUGCGUGCUGCUUUGCGAAAUGGGCUGGAAGGAAGCAGUGAAGAAACCUCUUUUCAUGAUGAGUCAAUUCAGGAUGACCGAGAAGAAAUAGAAAAUAAUUCUUACCAUAUGCACCCGGCAGGUAUUAUUCUCACUAAGGUUGGUUACUAUACUAUUCCAUCUAUGGAUGACCUUGCUAAAAUUACCAAUGAAAAAGGAGAGUGCAUUGUCUCUGACUUCACUAUUGGUCGGAAAGGUUAUGGUUCAAUCUAUUUUGAAGGAGAUGUGAAUUUGACAAAUCUAAAUUUGGAUGAUAUUGUGCAUAUCCGAAGGAAAGAAGUAAUUGUCUACUUAGAUGAUAACCAAAAACCACCUGUGGGUGAAGGGCUAAAUAGGAGGGCUGAAGUUACAUUGGAUGGAGUUUGGCCAACAGAUAAAACAUCUCGUUGUUUAAUAAAGAGCCCAGAUCGCCUUGCGGAUAUCAACUAUGAAGGAAGAUUAGAAGCAGUUUCAAGGAAACAGGGAGCUCAAUUCAAAGAAUACCGGCCUGAAACUGGUUCUUGGGUGUUUAAGGUCUCCCAUUUUUCUAAGUAUGGUCUUCAGGAUUCUGAUGAAGAGGAAGAGGAGCAUCCAUCUAAAACUAGUACAAAGAAGUUGAAGACUGCUCCUUUGCCUCCCGCAGGCCAGACUACCCCCUUGCAGAUGGCUCUUAAUGGCAAACCUGCACCUCCACCUCAGAGCCAGAGCCCAGAGGUGGAGCAGUUAGGGAGGGUUGUGGAACUGGACAGUGACAUGGUAGAUAUCACCCAGGAGCCAGUUUUGGAUACCAUGUUAGAAGAGAGCAUGCCUGAGGAUCAGGAACUUGUGUCUGCCUCAACACAUAUUGCAUCUUCACUGGGAAUUAAUCCACAUGUCUUACAGAUCAUGAAAGCAUCAUUGCUUACUGAUGAAGAAGAUGUAGAUAUGGCACUGGAUCAACGCUUCAGUCGCCUUCCUUCCAAAGCAGAUACUUCUCAAGAAAUCUGUUCUCCCAGACUCCCCAUUUCAGCAUCCCACUCAUCGAAAACUCGUUCACUAGUUGGUGGGUUACUACAAUCAAAAUUUACAAGUGGAGCUUUUCUUUCACCAAGUGCCUGUGUGCAAGAAUGUCGUACUCCCAGAACAGCAUCUUUAAUGAAUAUCCCAUCCACAUCCUCUUGGUCUGUCCCUCCACCCCUGACUUCUGUGUUCACAAUGCCCAGCCCAGCCCUUGAGGUUCCGCUGAAAACAGUGGGUACACGUAGGCAACUAGGCCUAGUCCCUCGCGAAAAGUCUGUCACCUAUGGCAAGGGAAAACUCUUGAUGGACAUGGCCUUAUUCAUGGGACGCUCAUUUCGUGUUGGUUGGGGUCCCAACUGGACUCUUGCUAAUAGUGGAGAACAGCUGAAUGGCUCUCAUGAACUAGAAAAUCAUCAGAUUGCUGAUUCUAUGGAGUUUGGAUUCCUACCCAAUCCAGUAGCUGUUAAACCCUUAACUGAAUCCCCAUUCAAAGUUAACUUAGAAAAACUCAGUUUGAGACAAAGAAAGCCAGAUGAAGACACGAAAUUGUAUCAGACACCUCUGGAGCUCAAAUUAAAACACAGCACUGUCCAUGUGGAUGAACUGUGUCCUCUCAUUGUCCCCAAUCCGGGAGUUGCUGUCAUUCAUGACUAUGCAGAUUGGGUUAAAGAAGCAUCAGGAGACUUACCAGAAGCACAAAUUGUGAAGCACUGGAGCCUGACAUGGACACUAUGUGAAGCCCUAUGGGGCCACCUGAAGGAGCUUGACAGCCAGCUAAAUGAACCCUGUGAAUACAUUCAAAUUCUGGAGCGAAGAAGAGCUUUCUCCCGCUGGCUAUCCUGUACUGCCACACCUCAGAUUGAAGAGGAAGUCUCCUUAACCCAAAAAAACAGCCCUGUGGAGGCUGUAUUCAGCUACCUCACAGGCAAAAGGAUCAGUGAGGCCUGCUCUCUGGCCCAGCAGUCAGGUGAUCAUCGUCUUGCUCUUCUUUUAUCUCAGUUUGUGGGUAGCCAGUCAGUCCGGGAGCUGCUCACCAUGCAGUUGGUGGAUUGGCAUCAGCUCCAAGCAGACUCCUUCAUCCAGGAUGAGAGACUGCGCAUCUUUGCUCUGUUGGCUGGAAAACCGGUGUGGCAGCUCUCAGAAAAGAAGCAAAUAAACGUGUGCUCCCAGUUGGAUUGGAAACGCUCCCUGGCUAUCCAUCUUUGGUAUUUGCUUCCACCAACAGCCUCCAUUUCUAGGGCACUCAGCAUGUAUGAAGAAGCAUUUCAGAAUACCUCUGACAGUGACAGAUAUGCCUGCUCCCCGCUUCCUUCAUAUCUGGAGGGUUCUGGCUAUGUGAUAACAGAGGAGCAAAACUCACAGACACCACUUCGAGAUGUCUGCUUUCACCUUCUAAAACUCUACAGUGACAGACAUUAUGAUCUCAACCAGCUGCUGGAGCCUCGAAGCAUAACAGCAGAUCCUUUGGACUACCGCCUAAGCUGGCACUUGUGGGAAGUGCUGAGGGCUCUUAACUACACCCAUCUCUCAGCGCAGUGUGAAGGUGUGCUACAGGCCAGUUAUGCUGGCCAGCUAGAAAGUGAGGGGCUCUGGGAGUGGGCCAUCUUUGUCCUCCUGCACAUUGACAACUCAUGCGUACGUGAGAAGGCUGUUCGAGAGCUGCUUACCCGGCACUGCCAGCUGUUGGAGACCCCUGAAUCUUGGGCUAAAGAGACUUUCCUUACCCAGAAGCUCUGUGUACCUGCCGAAUGGAUUCACGAGGCCAAAGCUGUGCGAGCACACAUGGAAUCUGACAAGCACUUAGAGGCCCUUUGUUUAUUUAAGGCUGGGCACUGGAACCGCUGCCACAAGCUCAUCAUCCGACACUUAGCUUCUGAUGCCAUCAUUAAUGAGAACUAUGACUACCUGAAGGGGUUCUUGGAAGACCUGGCACCUCCAGAGCGCAGCAGCCUAAUUCAGGAUUGGGAAACAUCUGGGCUUGUUUACCUGGACUAUAUUAGAGUCAUUGAAAUGCUCCACCAUAUACAGCAGGUGGAUUGCUCAGGUUAUGACCUGGAGCAGUUACACAUCAAAGUGACUUCACUUUGCAGUCGGAUAGAGCAGAUUCAGUGUUACAGUGCUAAAGAUCGCCUAGCUCAGUCAGACAUGGCCAAACGUGUAGCCAACCUGCUGCGGGUGGUGCUGAGUCUGCAUCAUGCUCCUGAUAGAACCUCCGACUCAACACCAGACCCUCAGCGAGUCCCUUUGCGCCUCUUGGCUCCCCACAUUGGCCGGCUCCCCAUGCCUGAGGACUAUGCCAUGGACGAACUGCGCAGCCUUACCCAGUCCUAUCUGCGAGAACUGGCUGUUGGGAGCCUGUGACCCCCAGGCUCUUUGCAUCACACUCACAUGCCCGUUCACACUCACCACACAGAGGUUCCCUGCCUUGUUUGGAUUGGCACUGUUUGCCAUUCUCUGGGUUGGCCGUGGCAUCUACCCUCCCUCCCUGCUGCCACAAGCAGCAUCCUCCACUUGUUCAGGGCUUUUCUUAAUACUGAACAUAGCAUAAGGGCUUCUGGAACCCAGAAGAGGAGACAAUUCUCCUUUUACCAUCCUCAAGACCAUUCAGUGUUUUUCCUUUUAAAAAAUGGACAAUAAAGCUCCUUUGGCGGAAUCCCCCAAAGAACCAGAGAAUCCUUUUUCAUCCCUAGCCAUUCUGGAUCUUGUGACCCUCAGUGCCAACCAGCUACCCUACUCCUACCCUGGCCCUUUUAUACUAGGACUCCUUAGGAGGAGUGAGAUAGGUGAUACAGGAUCCUUAACAGAUGAACUAUCCACAGAAGGAAGAGGCAUCCAUCUCUUAAGUAAUUGGUUAGUUAACAUUGAAUUUUGGAGGCAAAGGAGGGUUGGCCUUGAGUUAGGAAACAAAACAGGAUCUUUCUGACACACUUAGGGUGGAAAUGAAUGCCUGCCAUGGAGGGAUUGAUCUUCAGGGCUGUUUUUGUUCCUGCCUUUAGUGUUCUAUGAACACCAUACCUUUGCUACUACUAUGUGCAGGAGCCCUUGGUCACAUGUGACAUGUCUAUGGGAAGCUCCCAGAGUUUGGUUUGGUCCCUGGUUUUCAGUCGUCGUGCUGAGACUCUGUCUGGAUUUGCCUAAAGAGUUUGGAUAAAAAAUGGCAGGUUGGGUAACCCUCCCUGUUCAUCCCAUGUUAGCUCUAAAGCAUUUCCCACCCUCCAUCUACCCCUUCCAGAAGCAAAAACAAACCAUGACUGAGGCAGGCAUGGAGUUGGGCGUUAGGGGCAGGCAGAGGGCCUUUGCUACACUGCUGACAGCUAUAGGGAGCCCCAGGUAAUGGCAUGAGAUAGCUGGUGUUAGGGCUAUCUCAGGCAAUAUGGCCACACCUGGGUCUUUAUGCAUGAAGAUUAUGUAAAAGGUUUUUAUUAAAAAAUAUACAUAUGUAUAAAUAAAUGAUCUAGAUAUUUUCCUCUUUUUCUGAAGCUACUUUCUUAAAUAAAUAAAUAAAAUGUUUAUAGCA